AUGACCUUAUGGGACGUGCAAAACUGGGAACUAAACAAAAUUAUUUGGGAUUCAGAAGUGAAAGAAAUCAUUUUAUCUACUAAUAGUGGACAAAUUGGCGUAUUACCAAAUCAUGCGCCUAUUGCCACAGCCAUAGAUAUAGGUAUUUUGAGAAUACGCCUUAAUGACCAAUGGUUAACGAUGGCCUUGAUGGGUGGUUUUGCUAGAAUAGGAAAUAAUGAGAUCACUGUUUUAGUGAAUGAUGCGGAAAAGAGUAUUGACAUUGAUCCACAUUCAAUCCUGGGAUCCACAUUGGCAUGUAUUACAAAAAAAGAAGACAAAAGUUCGCCCAACGAUCCCUUGAUUGAUGUAGUAAAUCAGAUGAGAUAA